GUUUUGAUAAAUCUCCCCCUAUACCCUAUAGGGUGUGAAUCCAUCUCCUGAACUCCUAGGACCCAACUACCUGUUUCUGCUACAAUUAUGCUAUCUGUUUUGCUCAGGGCCUUGGAAAACAUAUCAACCUGGAAUGCAAGUGCCAUGGAGAUGGAUCAGGGGCGCAUGGCGGGAAGGUGGUCCCCAGAUGGUAACCACGCUAUAAAAAUGGGCAUAAUCACCGCCCUGGGUUGUCUUAUAAUCUUGGGGAACUUUUUUGUUCUGUUAGUCAUUGCCUCAUCUGUUUCUGGCUGGUCCAGUAACAGUCGGUAUAUUCUAAUCUCCCUGACUGGCACAGAUGUCACAUUAGCCUUAAUAGUGGUCCCGCUCAAUCUAUAUGGCAGCCUUGUUCUUAAACCUGGUGAUGAAGAGGAUACCGAUUCUACCCUUGGGUCGUAUUGUCACAUAGUGGCUUUCAUCAAUUCUUCUGUAUUUGCCUCAUCAAUAUACUCCUUAGCAACGAUCAGCUUGGAGCGCUAUGUAGCAGUUUUUUUCCCUCUACACUACAACAGGGUAAUGAGCCGCCGGCGGGUCAAGUUAUUGAUUGCAGCAGCCUGGUUGUUGCCGCCAAUAUUUUUAUUUCCCAUUUCCAUUCCUGGUGGGAGAGUAAUACAUGUUUAUUUUUCCCGGGCCUCCCUUAUCUGUAACCCAGACUAUGCUAGUAAUAUGAUAUACUCCCUACUCCUCACAACCUUCAUCUUUUUCCCUUGCUCAGCUAUUGUCACAUUUGCCAACCUUCGACUGUGGCUGGUGGCAAGAAAGCAGAGCAGACGGAUGAGUGUGUGUUUAUCUGGCAGAAAACCUAAACCUGAAAUUUCCACAGUGUGUGAAAAUGUGCCUUCAGCUAAAAUGUAUGGAGUGAAUAACAGUCUAAGUCUAGCCAAGGAAGUCGGAGACAAGGGAUCCAGAAAAGGAGAUGCUGCAUCCAGGGUCCUAGUUCCGGUAGUCUGUGUAUUCUACGCAUGUUGGACGCCAUGCAUGGUGACUAUUCUGUAUAACGCUAUUACCCACGAGAGAGUCCCUGAAUGGGUGGAAUUUGUGUCCUUGUGGCUUCCAAGUGGAAAUGGGUUCCUUAACUGCUUUGUUUACUUCUGGAUAAACAGGAGUUUUCGGCAGAAAUUUCGUCAACUUAGCUGGAAGCUCUUUCCAUGGAGAUGGUGCUGCUGGUCCCACCGAAAAAAUGGUAAAAGGAAGUCCCCAAAUCAUGUCAUGAACAACAAUGCAAUGGCUGCUUUACAAGAAAGGUCAUGCAGCAUGUCAUCAACUUGUAUGCUUCUUUCCCAAACAGUGGACUCUAUUAUAUGAACAAAAUUAUUUAUAUGGUCUUACCAAUGGCUUCCUAUAAUGAACCAAGAAAUGCACUUUAAACAUUGAACACUUGCCUGGCAAUAAUAUGUAAAAUUCAAUUAUUUAUCUACAGUGUAUAUAAAAAAAAAAACUAUAAAUAUAAAUGUAAUAGCUUGCCUGGCUGUGCAAAAACAAAUGUUAUAGGAUAAAG